AUGGAUCCCUUCACUAUCGUGUCGCUAACCGCCGGUUGCGCGACACUCGCAGGAAAGACUGUAGAAUCGCUCAAGGUCAUCUACGACGCCCACAAUAGCUAUAAGAAUGCGCCAGACAACCUCAAGUUCCUAUUAGACGAUGUUCGAAACGCAAAGGAAAUCUUAGACCGCUUCCAGCUACCGACUGACGCGGACGAGACGCUGAAGCUUCGAAGUCGUGAGAGCUUGGAGGUCUUCAAGCACGCUCUGGACAAGGUGAACACCUUUGCAGAGAAACACGAGUGCAAAGUAUCCAAAGUCAAGCGAUUAGAUCGCUUUCUAUACGCUUGGAACGAGACGGAGAUAAAAUCGCUAAAGACUGAGGUGCGAAGUCGUAUUGAUAACCUGAAAGACCUGGACUGGAUUUACAACGCACCUCCAGCUACAUCCAAUGCGACUACGAGGCUUGAUGAGCCAGCGACGGAGCCGAUGACCCCGGACUAUCGGUUCAGGUAUCGACUCGCUGGGGACCGUCGAGCGUAUCUGGGCGGAACAUACUCUGAGGAGCUCAUCUCUGCCGCGGACAACGGUGAUGCUGAAGGCAUCAGGGAAUGCCUUAGGAACAACGCAGACGUCAACUUCCUCGCGAUGCAUGACCAGCACGGUUGUGCGGCUAUCCAUAUCGUGGCCAAGAAGGGGCACCUCCCAGCUCUAGAAGCACUCGUUGAGGGGAACGUCGACGUCAAUUCUGUUGAGCUUCAGGAGGAGGAGACGGCCCUACACAUUGCUGCUCGGAGUGGCAAUUCAACCAUGGUCCGUUAUCUUGUGUCAAAAAACGCCAACUUCGAUGCGCGAAACCGGCACCAACAGACACCCUUGAUGGUUGCGACCGAAGAGACUGUGCAAAUCGACUUACUGAAGUCGGGCGCGGACCCGAACAUACAAGACAUGGAUGACAACACGGCGCUCCAUAGCGCGAUUCGUCUGGGACAUGUCAAUACCGUUCGCGAACUGGUGAGGAAAGGCGCAAAUGUCAACGCGCUCGGUGCAGACGAUUGCUCUCCCCUGCGUAUGGCAUACCUCCAACGUGAGAUCUCUGAAAAGAUGAUCUGUGAGAUGAUUGAGAGCAUGCUUCUCUCUUCGGCUGCAGGAAAGACCAUAUCCAACGCUGUCAGGCAGGAACUCUUCUACGACGCUGUUCGUGAUAACAGAUCACUGGUGAUACGGGCGAUUCUGAACACGAGUGCAGAUAUCCUGACAACGGCGAGACCGGAUGGCUUUUUUCCUCUGCACGUGGUCGCAAGGGAUGGGACGCUCAGCAUAUUGAACGAGCUGCUCCGUCACCACGCGAGUGUGCACUUGUGCGAUCGGACCACUGGACGAAGUCCUCUCCGUUAUGCGAUCGAUAGUGGAGACCUGAACAAAGUCAAACGAAUUCUGGAAACUGCGCCAGACCUGAGACUGAGCGACUCAUCCGGGUAUGCACCAAUUCACACAGCAUUCGAUCGUUCUUCGAUCGAUGUCGCCGAGCUCAUAGUGAACGCGCAUCUUGCCACCGGUGUCUCAUUGUACCUGCAAAACAAAAGUGGCAGAUUUCCAAUACACCUGGCUUGUGGGCAGGAGAAGGUCGACUUGUGGGCGAAGUCUAUCGAUGGCCCCAUCAAUCCUGUGUACGAUUACACACAAGCCGGGAGAAGAGGUCGGCAUUCGAUUCUGCAUUUCUCUGUUCUAGACCAAUGUGCUCCGACGGUCGAAGCCAUAAUCAAGCACAACGCCAAUCUCAAGGAGUUGUGCGAUUCCUCCUUUACUCCAACCGAGGAGCUUUGCGCCAAUGAGCCUGCGUGGACGGAGCAACGCGGGGAGUACGCUUUUCAAGAACGUCUGGAGGUUCUCAAGAUUCUCAUCGAGCAUGGACAGUUUACUGAAAAAUGUCGAGAUCUCGUUUCCAAAUGGAAGGACGAGAAAUUGAAAGCUGCUUUGAAUAAGGAAUUGCCGCAGAGAACUUAUACCAAUACGGCCAGAGUUGGAGCGGAAUAUGUGGGGAAAGCUGUCCUGGGAGGCAUGUUUCUCAUUGCAGCGAUGGCUGAGGGGCAGAAAAAAGCCCAGGGGCAGAAAAAGUGA